AUGGAAGACAGUACUGAAAAAGGCUGUUCGAACUUGGUAAAAGCUGAAGAGAUUCAAAACCUUGUCAUCGACCAGAAUGACAUUUUCGUAUCCUUUGACGUCACGUCACUAUUCACUAAUGUACCGCUUCAAGAAACUAUCGGAACCAUCGCUGAGAAGGCGUUUGUUGACAACUGGUUCAAUGUUACACACAACCUUAACAUUACAAAACCUGACCCAGUUCGACUUCUAGAGGUUGCAACUAUAAAUCAACUAUUCCAGUUUGAUGGCAAGCUUUACGAACAGAUCGACAGCGUGGCAAUGGGUUUCCCUUUGGGUCCACUCGUGGCAAACGCCUUUCUCUGUUCUAUCGAAGAGAAGCUAGAACAAGACAACAAGCUCCCUGAAUUUUAUAGAAGGUACGUGAAUGACACAUUUACUACAAUGAAAAAUGUACCAGCAGCACAAGAUUUCUUAUCAACGCUUAAUAGCUGUCAUCCAUCCAUAAAUUUCACCAUGGAACUAGCAUUUUAA